UUCGAAUUUGCGAAAUACUGGUACACUUUUCUAUUGUACAAGUAUGAAACACCUUUACAAUCCUGCUGGAUUUUCGCCUAGAUUAAUAGGUGGUGAUCGAGCUCCACAAGAAUUCGGUAGAUUCCAUGGGUCAUUACAAAAUUUAACUGGACAUCAUGUUUGUGGCAGUGCAGUUAUUUCUCGAAGACAUUUGCUUACUGCGGCGCAUUGUGUCAACAGAGUUAAACCACGAUAUAUUAAAGUAGUUGUUGGAACAACUGAUUUAUACAAAGGUGGUAAAGAAUUUAGUGUAAAAAGUAUACAUUUGUAUCAUGGAUAUAAUUUUACUCGAAGAAUAAAUGACAUAGCUAUAGUUAAGAUUAGAGGAACAUUUAACCUGAGCUAUAUUGAUGUACUCCAACUUCCGAAAAGUAAUUUGCAAGAUCGAGAUCCAGUUAUUUUAUCUGGAUUUGGGGCAAAAGAGCCUUACGGAGACUCUAGUCGCAAGAUGUACGCAUUAAAUUUGACGGUUUUUUGUCAGAAAACUUGUCGUUAUGCUAUGCGUUAUUCGAGAAAUGUAACGGAUUCAAUGUUUUGCACUUUUACGAGGAUCGGUCAAGGAACCUGUCAUGGUGAUUCUGGCAGCCCUUUAAUCAAAGACAAUGUGCUCGUUGGUGUGGUAUCAUGGGGAAUACCUUGCGCUGUAGGUUUCCCUGAUGUCCAUACAAGAGUAUAUCCUUACAUCAAAUGGAUAAAAUCAAUUACAUUUGGAAACCACUACAAAACAAUUGAAGUUAAAACAGAAGUUAAAUUAUCUUUAUCGAAAUAUAAAUAA